GGAGGGCAGGGAAAGAGGCUUCGGAGGGAGCAAAGCAUCUCUGCGGACUGGGAGACGCUGUCAUGUUGGCCGGGCUCCUCUUCCAGGCUGCUUGGGUGGCUGUGCUCCUUCAUGGCGCUCAGGGGAGAGUCUACACGGGACGAAGGAAGCUUGCCAACUUCGCCGUAGAGAGGCGUCGCAUUGGACCUCAUAUUUGUCUUUCUGGUUUUGGAAGUGGAUGCUGUCCUGGAUGGAUACCAUCUCCAGGGAGUGGACAAUGCACACUGCCACUGUGUUCGUUUGGCUGUGGCAGUGGCUUCUGCAUAGCUCCCAAUGUCUGUGCUUGCCGGGAUGGAAGGCAGGGUAUCACCUGUCAAGACCUGCCUGGAGCCUGUGGGGAGUAUGGCUGUGACCUCACCUGCAACCAUGGGGGCUGCCAGGAGGUGGCAAGAGUGUGCCCUCUGGGAUUCUCUAUGACCGAAACAGCUAAUGGUGUACGUUGUGUGGAUAUUGAUGAGUGCCUGAGUGCUUCCUGUGAGGGGCUUUGUGUGAACACAGAAGGGGGCUUUGUGUGCGAAUGUGGCCCAGGGAUGCAACUCGCCACUGACCGGCACAGUUGUCAAGAUAUUGAUGAGUGCCUAACAACACCUUGCCAGCAGCACUGCCAAAACAGUAUUGGCAGCUAUCAAUGUUCCUGCCAUUCUGGAUUCUACCUUCAUGGCAACCGACAUUCGUGUGUGGAUGUGAAUGAAUGCCGCCGACCCAGUGACAAGCGAACCUGCCAACACUCCUGUCACAAUACACUGGGGAGUUUUAUGUGCAGCUGUCAUCCAGGCUACCGACUAAGUGUGGACAGAUUGUCUUGUGAAGGUAAGGACUGCCAUAUAGUUCAUCGUACAAUAAAGCCUUCUCGAUCCUUUGCACUGCAUCAAUUAUUUAUUUAUUUGUCUCUUAAAGGAACCCCAUUUCCUUUUCCGCUCAUUCCCAUUCUCUCUGUGCUUCCAUCAACAGCUUCUCCCACUUCCUCAUCUCCUCCCCACAGCUCAUCUUUUGGCACCUCUUUCUGGCCCAGAACUGCCAGGCCUUCUCUGCCAGUAAGUCCUCUGUCACCGUUGUUACCAAAAAAAUUUAGCCCAUCUAUUUCCCCAAGCCCUCUGACUCCCUCACUUCCAUCUGCCUGCUGGCACGGAGGGGUUCUUCAUGAAGAUAACAGCUCCUGGACAGAGCCACCAUGUCUGAAUUGCUCCUGCGAGGGUGGACAAGUGUUUUGUCAAACAGUGACAUGUGAAGUUUCCUGCUCUCACCCAAUUCCCCCAGCCCAGGGAGAAUGCUGUCCUACCUGCACAGGCUGUUUCUAUUAUGGGAUGUCCAGAAUUGAAGGGGACGUAUUCUCUCUCUCUGAGGAGAACUGCACAGUCUGUGUCUGCCUGGCAGGCAACAUUUCCUGUAUUUCUCCAGAAUGUACACCCAGUCCGUGUCCUAGUUCUGCUCAGACUGAUUGUUGUCCCUGCCAGCCAGCAGAAUGUCAUUUCCGUGGGCAAAUAUACAUCCAAGGGACCGAGUUCAACCCAGAUGGUGAUAACUGUACCAUCUGUGUGUGCAGGAUUAAUUGGCCUUUAUCUGAGGUGGCAAAAUGCACUGAAGUGGUCCAGAGUGAGCAGCAUUUGGAAUUUAAUGGAGACAAUGGGUGUGAGCAUUUGGAAUUUAAUGGAGACAAUGGGUGUGAGCAUUUGGAAUUUAAUGGAGACAAUGGGUGUGAGCAUUUGGGAGGUUGCUUUAUCGAUGACAAUGGAAUUGAAUUUCCAGUGGGACAACUCUGGUCGCCGGGUGAUCCCUGUGAGUUAUGCAUCUGCCAGACAGAUGGUUCAGUGAGCUGUAAGAGGACAGAUUGUUUGGAGAUGUGUCCUCAUCCAAUCCAAAUCCCUGGUCAGUGCUGUCCAGAUUGCUCAGCAGGUUGUACCUAUGCAGGAAAGAUCUUCUAUAACAAUGAAACCUUCCCCUCUGUUUUGGACCCAUGUCUAAGUUGCAUUUGUUUGCUGGGCUCCGUAGCCUGUUCUCCUAUGGACUGUGUCGUAUCCUGUACAUACCCUUUCCAUCCAGAAGGCGAGUGCUGUCCAAUUUGUCAUGACUGCAAUUACAGGGGAAGAAAAGUAAUCAAUGGACACAACUUUGUUCCUGAAGAUGAACCCUGUGUUUAUUGUACCUGCCAGCUUGGGGAAGUGAGCUGUGAGAGGAAGACGUGUCCAAAGACUUGUACAGAGCCCUUUGGUCCUCUCACUCAUUGCUGCCUGGAUUGCCAAAAUAAUGAAGUUAUGGGUGAUUUGGCUUCCCUGGAGAAUAGACUAGCCAAUCCUGUCUUGGAAGAUGCAGCAGUAGAGAGAUCCUUGCAAACUCUUCAAAGAGGUCCCAUGACUCUGGUGUCUGACAGCUCUACCCCUAACCAUGCCUCAUUUACUCCAGAGGAUCAUCUUGAAGCAAGUAAUGCAAAUGAUCAGGAGACUGUAUUUACGAAGCCAAUUGCACUAGGAAAUGUUGGACUCCACCAAAGCAGACCAGGAGAGGCCACAAGGUUGCAUCUCAAUGAACCACCAAGUAUCAUUCCUCCUUCUUGGCUAGGCCACUUAGCGAUUCCUCAAAUAAAGCCAGAGUCCAUUGUAUCACUUCUAAAUAACCCAGAGAGCUUUGGGGAUCCUCCUAGAAAAUCAACUGGGUCCUUCAUGACUCAUUCCAGCCUGUCCUUUCUUUAUUCAAGAACAGGCAGAACCACUGCAUCUCCCCCUACUGCUCAUAUUUCCAUUCCAUCCACUCCAGCUUACCUCAAAAAGUCCAUAACUGCUUUAUUUCAGGGUUCAAACACCCACAACCUUCCUUUGCAACCUCUGGCUGAAACAUUUUCUUCUUCGGCCAACUCUAAUCUAGAUUCUCUUCAAGAGCUUCCUAGCAGCCCAACCCACUUCACAUAUUUUUCUUUGGGCCAGCAAAAUGCGGGGAACAACUCUAAAUUAACCUCUAGUGAUGAUAAUAGCCUCACUGAUAUAUCUCCAUAGAUUGGAGAAUAAGAGGAACAUAAUUAUUUUGAAUAAGAGGAACAUAACCACUUUAAUCUCAUAAUAACAAGAGCAUCUGCCUAUGUGGUUGCUGUUUGCUAGAUUUCUCACUAUGUAUUCAUGGCAAUAAUCUCCAUUAUAAUUUCUGGUUUCCUAGAAAGCAGGUCCUCUUAUUGGGGAUAUCACUUCAGCUCUUGAUUGUAUUGAGAUUCUUAUUUAACUAAUACCCCAUUUGACUUAGAAGAUAGUAGAAAAAUGGCUGUUAUUUGCAGCAUCAGUACAAACAUUCUGGUAAAGCAUAAAGAUUUCAGAACAGAAGUAUGACAAGUAGUGGAAUCCUAGACUAAUUCAACCUCUUGUAUUGCAUGUUGUGUGGCUGGCCUAAAUGCCAGCAAAGGAAGCAACUAUUUAUGCCAGGAGUCACAUAAUAAAUUUUCUUACACUAUGUCUAAUAUAGACAUUCUGUUGCUGCUUGCUGUCUUAUAUGGACAUUUCAGGACUGAUUAUACAUAUUGAAGAAAUGGGGCUAGCUUUCCACGAAGUCAGAAAUGAACUAAACAUUGUUUUACAGACAAUGUACUGCAUACUGAUAUGUACAACACUGAUUUUAAUAGUGGAAAACUUCCAUUUUCUUGUUCUGGUGUAUAUAGAAUUCUGCAGUUCAGAUUAUAAUAUGUUGAAAUAUAUUUUAUGAACAUAAAAUCAUAGCAUCAUACCUAAAGGUAAAUGUAUUUUUCUAUGCCACAGUUAAAAGUAUGUUUCCAAGCUAAGCUGAUGAGAAUUUUGUUUUAACAUUUCUUGGGUGAAAUUUGCCAGCCACUAAAGUCUUCGGGAAUAUUCAGUUCUUGAAAGGCUUUGAAAGUCAUGUGCAGCCCAUUCCUAAAAUAUGCAGCAUGACUGAAUUUUGUCAACUACCUCAAAGGGGUGUCUUGUAAGGGCAUAUCAACUUUUCAUAAUUGAAACUAGAAAGGCUGCUGUUGUUUUCCUCCAUUUCGAUCUCUGGGAAUUCUAAUUUUCUGAGAUGUCCAAUAAAUCUUAAUUGGGUAAUCAUUUAUGUAACUUAUGUGCUUCCUAAAACUUAAUAGUUAGCAUCAUUGUUCCUCAAUAGGCUUGAGUCUGAUGUAAAUGUGCAGGACGGCAUACUGUACUCGAGCAGUGCAGCGCUUCUGUUUCAAAACCGCAAACAACACAAAAACCGUGGACAACACAAAAGCAGGAACAUAUCAUCUGAAUAUGCCUCCAUAAAGCAGCAGUGUCUUUUCCCUGUAUCAUAUGACUGGGCUUUGCAGCUGUAAUAGUGUUAUUGGAAAAAGGCAUUUGUUCUUGGGCACCCUUUUUUCUUCGAAUCCAAAGGCAGCACAGCCACAUGACAUAUAACUUUGAACACAUCCAGUGGCAAUUUGAAAAGUGAUUUGAAGUAUAUCCACAGUUCUUCCUUGGCUGGCUGGCUAAACUUCUGUGAGGCAGAUAGAGCCCAUAUAUCUGUGCACACGGAGCCACCUCUGCAGGCACACGAGUCAUUGCCCGAGGUUAGCACCAACACGCAUGCAAGCGCACCUCCUGCCAGCUAGCUGAUUUUUGGGUCUCUAAUGUGCAUGUGGGAGACGCAUGUGCAUGUGGGAGACCGGCGCACAUGUGCGGGAUUGGGGUGGUACUAGCAGGGAGGCCUGCUAGGCCCAAAAUGGGGCACGGAGGGAGUGUCACGCACGCAUGCGCCUGGGAGUGUAGGGGGAAAGGGAGCAUGGAGAGCCGCACACCUGUGCAGGGGGUGGGGGGCAUUGCAUUAUGGGUGUGGGCAUGCUCAUAUACACUGUUGCACGCACAUGCACGCUGCCACAUGCACACGCAUGCUUUCGGCACUCGAAGAAAAAAAGGUUGCUGGCUUCUAAGCCUUAAUCAUGUACUCAGAAUUUUUGCAGGUGAAAACCCAGAAAGUGCAAAACAUUAGUAGCUAGACAGGCAAAUCUACAUAUUAAGAAGCCAUUGUAGGAGUCUGAAGUGUUUGAUACAUUAUGCCACAGGCAUUCUGACUGACUUUGCUAAGGUUCUCAUAUUGAUUCAGGUUAUGAUCUGUCAAAACCACCCUACCUCAGAGGGCAAGUACGGUAAUUGCUUUAUGCUGGGUUAAAGUUGAUUUCCUCCAAGGAAUCUUAAAAAGAUGAGGAGACUAAAAAUUCAGUGGUCCAUAUUUCAAUUUUUUUCAUGGAACUACAUUUGUGGAAGGGGGAAUAAAAAACUGAAAAGCCUCAUAUCUCUAUACCUUGAACUAACAACAGUUUAUGGCUUAAAGUGACAUUGGUAAACCCCUUUGAGAUUGCCGCUUCACACAUGCAUGUAUUCAUUUGGGCAGGAAUUAAACGACAUUUCUAGGUGAAUUUACCUUGGAAUGUUGCCAUGUCAAAAUAAAUGCCUAUAUUGUGUUUUUCAUAUAUUGAUAUAAAAGUUGGUAUUAUAGUGCUGUGAACAUUUCAAUUUAAACAAAAUGGUUGGUUUUAAAAACUAAAAUAUAUAUUAUAAUAAAAAUUAUGGCAAAUAAGUUUAAUUCGAAUAUUCUCAAACUGGAUUUUUUUUAUAAUUGAAUUCGAUACAGUUCAUCUUUAAAAGGCUUGUUUUGUCUAUAGACAAAUAUAAGUUUUGGAAAGUAUGUUUAUUGACUUCUUCUUUACUAAUUACAGGAAAGUUAAAUGUUUGUAGAAUGCGGGGAAAAACUUCCUAAAAUUAAGAGUAGUUUGACAGUGAUAUCCAUUAUCCAUAAAGUCCGUGGGUUCCCCUUGGUUGGAUGUAUUCACUUGGGAAAUUUUACUUGGAGUGAAUUAAUUUCAGUUUGUUAGUUGACAUGCAUUCAGUGUGCACUGAAUACAAAGCCAUUUAUUUUUAUAUUUAUUUAUUGUUGCUGACAUUGAAGCAU